AAUAGACUGAAAUCUAGGAAUGAAUCAGUGAGUUUUUGGUUAGGGUUUUGUUACUUCCAGUGUUCGAUCUCAUCCUGUUUUCUAUACCAAUCAUAAGAAAAGCUUGAAAAUGAUGUACCAUGGUGUUUUGCAAGAGAGAUCUGAAAUUAAGAAUAAAUUGGAUGAUCAGAUUGAGGAAUCCAGGGAUCUGAAAGUGAAAAUCAAAGUUUCAGAGAAGAAUCAAGUGUUGAUUCAGAAAGAUUUGGAUGAUUUGAAGCAAGACAAGGAAAGGAUUGUAUUUGAUGAUCAGGUUGAGGUAUCCAGGGAUUUGAAACUGAAAUUCAAAAAUCUAGAGAAGAAUCAAGUGUUGUUACUGCUCAUGUUAAUGGCUUUCCUGAUCAUACCGGCACAAGUAGCAGCCAAAGGUUGGACUGUGGGAGGAAACCAUGGUUGGACAACAAAUCUGAAUUAUACUCAUUGGGCAGAAAAUAAAACAUUCUUCAGAAACGAUUGGCUGAUGUUCGUUUAUGACAGUAAUAAACUAAAUGUGUUGGAGGUUAAUAAGGAUGAUUAUCAGAGGUGCAGGGAAGUCGAUCCUAUUCGUAGUUGGAAAAAGGGAGCUGGAAGAAAACUGGUUGGUUUGAACAUAACAAAGACUUGCUAUUUCAUUUCCGGAAAUUCUUACUGCUACGAAGGAGUGAAAUUAUCUGUUAGUGUUCAAGAUCCAGCACCAAGUAAUUCAGCUGGACAGUUAAAAUGGUGCCUCUCAACUCCGGUUGUUUUAUUACUUUCCUUUCUGCUAAGUUAAACCAGAAGACAUUCAUCUCAAAGUUUUUUACUCGGAUCUUAUUUGUUUUUUUAUUUGUGUAUACAAUCUAUUCCUGUUAAAUCUAGGGAUUUAUAUAAGUAUGAUAUUCGUUUGAUUUGUGAAUCAGACCGGUUUUGAUUAAUUUGGGGUGUUUAAUCAAUAUGUUACUUCGGUUUUAUGCAUUUAA